AUGUUGGCGCAAGAAAAACCCGAGGAAAUUGUUGACAGUAUUGCAAAAAAGAUUUUAGAAUAUGCUAAAACUAAUUCUAAACCCAAAUCUAGGAGGUCUAACGAUAGGGAUCUAGUUCAGCCAGCGAUAGUUCACUUCGAGAAUAAACGGCCGUCUGUUAUGUUGAAGAUGGAUACUACAAGUCUUGUGGAUGUGUUGGCAGAUGCUUUGAAAUCUAAAACUGUCCAAUCAUACGUUCAACAUUACUCUAGAAAAGCUGCAGAAGCCUUCAAUGUUGUCAAACAAAAACUUGAUGAAGUUGAUGGAAAGAAUAAACAAUUAUGA